CCACUGUUAGAAGGAAGAAAGGCAGAUUGAGUGUCAAUGGACAGCGUAGGUAGAUUGCCGAACAAAUUGUGCAGAUUAACCCAGCACAGAAGAACAUUUGGGAUAGAGAUAGAAAGAGAGAUUACCACAUUAGGAUAUUGAAGUACAGUAGAGUAGGAUAGUGUUGUGACUGAAGGGGCAACAGGCGAUUGUGAUAGCCAGGACAGAGCAGCCAACCCUGGGAAGAUGCUGUGAGGACUCAGGACUAGAGCCAAGUAAUGGAGGUUGAGACAGCCAGCAGGCAGACACGAUUGGUCAGAAUGGAGGACCAGGACAGAAUGAGCCAUGCCUCAAGUGUGGUCACAAUCUCCUCUUUUCCCGUCAGAAGCAAGGACGGUGAUGACAGGGUGCAGACGUUUGGGAAGAGAUGUAGAGCGGCUAAGAGAGACCCCAAUUGCCCCGUGGUGAUAAGAGGUUGGCUCAAUAAGAAGGACAGCUCUGGGCUGAAACUGUGGAAGAGAAGGUGGUUUGUCCUGUCUAACUACUGUUUAUUCUACUACAAAGACAGCAGAGAAGAAUCUGUUUUGGGUAGCAUCCCGCUACCUAGCUACAACAUUCUCUUCUGCACACCRCGAGAAUGCAAGAACAGAAAAAACACUUUCAAAGUGGUGCACCAGGGAAUGCGCUCCUACUUCUUCAGUGCAGACACUCAGGAGGACAUGCUGGGCUGGGUCAGAGCACUCAGUCAGUCCGCCUGUAUGGAAGCAGACAGCUCCAUCAGCAGGCGUUGCUCGAGUUAUCAGGACUUCACGCAGAUAGGUGGCAGCAGUGAGUCGGUGGAUCUCCCUCAUUCCCCCUCUCUCCGUGGUCCCCGUACUGCCGCGCACACCAACACAUCACAGAGGAAUCCAAGUCAGGUCGCCAGGGGGAGAAUGGGGACACCACAUUCGGAACCAAGAGGGAGGCGGAGCGUACGACGAAGCCCAUCGCCCAGAACACCCAGCCCAAUUGAAUUUAGCAGCAGAAGGAGAGACCGGACAGAUGAGGAUUCCCUCCCCUUCCAUUCUGGUCCUAACACACCACCCAAGCCCACAGAAUUCAUGGGGACAGGUUCUUUGACCCCCAGAGGUCAAUUGGGAUCGCGACCCCACACACCAGUUGGGCGAGUUGAUAUUCGACCCCAGGAGGAUCCUCCCAUGACGCCACAGACCAUGUGUUACGCCCCCGUGUCUCCCAAGAUGGAGUUUAAAUCCGCCCCCCACACUCCAGGGACUGACAGAUGGCAAACAAUCAACAGGCCCACGCCUGUAUAUUCCUCCCUCCACCAUACUCCAAGCGGACGAAGAGCUUUUGGAAAGAGCUACUCCACAGGGGGAAAAACAGACUUAUUGCCCCCUUUACCCCCAUCUUCAAGAGAUCCCCAUGUUCCUCACCCCCCACACCACCACCAUCACCACCACCAUCACCAUCGCAGCCAUAUGUCUGUCUGUCUGCUACCGCCACCUAUGUCUUCCAAGUCCGAGCUGUUCAAAGAGAGAGAGACGCCGCCACCCAUCAGGCCUCUUGAGAGUGAAACAGAUGCUGUGCUGACUAGACUGUGUGGGUGUGACAAGCUUCUCCAGUCUCUCUCUCUAGAGCUGGCCCAUCUACAAGUUGACAAGGACAGUGUCCAGUGCGCCUUAGAGAUGACCAGGCUGCAACUGGACGAGUGGAGGAAGCAAGGACUCCGAGGACAGGAAGGAGCACUCACCCAGAAGGCUUUGCUCCAGGAAGAACUGGUCACUAUCCGAGCAAGGAUGUGUGACGUCUCAUUGGAAAUGGAUAGAGUGUGGAGCCAGUAUGAGAGGAUGGAGAGCGAGCUGUCUGUGUUCAGAUCACACCUGCAGCACGUCUGUAAUUUCGGGAUGCCACAAGAGCAGUCCCAGGCCCAGAGAGAGCUGUGGAUGAUGGACGACAUCCUCUCUGGACUCAGGGUCAACAGGGAUAACUUCCGGGUCCUGCUGGGCUUCCAGAUGCACACAGUUCCCACAGGAGUAUUCCAGAAGUCAUCCUCCCACCCGGGGACCCCUGGAUCUCCAACAGAGAGGAUGCCGAGUGGAUUGCCAACGGGGGUGGAAUCAGAGCCUCCGGCCCGCCCCCCUUUACCCCAGGAGCUCCAAGACACCAAUCAGGGAAGAGACCAGGGGCAUGUGUGGACGGAUCCGAAUUACGAGGGCAUUUACGGUGGCCCAGGAGAUCCAUUGUACAGAAGAGGAAACAGCCAAUCUGAUCUCCAUGGUGACAGGACACAGAGAGAGACAUCAGAAUCUCAGUCUAGUUCAAGAUGGUCCACACCAGACACCACAAAUAAAGUAAGAUUGUCUAAUUAAUCUACGUCUCCACCAUCUGCACCUUUUUCAA